ACAAGAAAGAUGGCGGCGGCGCAGUGGUGGGCGCAAGCAAAUGAAGAGGAAAACCGCCAGAAUAAAGAAAAAGAAGAACUAUUUGUUUUCGGAUAUGCGUGUAAGCUUUUCCGUGACGACGAGAAGGCGAUUUUAGUGGACCAGGAGAAACACCUGAUACCAUGGAUGUCCGACGACAGACUUCUCAUUGACAGGUAUGACGGACGGGGUCACUUGUUUGACCUUUCAGCAUUUGAUGCCAGCAAUGUUAGAGACACCGAUCAAACUCUCACUGAAGAUGAAGAACAUAUGGAGAAGUUGUGCGAUGAAGAGCGUUAUCUGGAGCUGCGUACAGAUAUGGCCGAGAAGACCAUGUAUGAAGAGGAGGAGUGGAAGCGUUACUACCUGUCCCUUUCUGAGGGUUACAAUGCGGUCGGCUUCAGCUAUGACUACGCUCAACAAAUGGCAGCUGAGCAACACCCACAGGUCAAAAUAGAAGCUGUGGAAGAUAAACCAUUUGUUGCUCCCGAGGAGUUGCAUGUUCCACCUGAAGUCAUUGUGCCUGAAACAGAAAAACAGAAUGCGAUCAUAGAGAAGACUGCCAAGUUUAUAGCAGAGCACGGAGCUCAGAUGGAAAUCAUUAUCAAAACAAAGCAGUCUAAUAAUUCACAAUUUGAGUUCAUGCAUUUUGAGAAUGUACUGAACCCUUAUUACAAGCACAUGGUGACGAUGAUCAAGUCUGGAAAGUAUCGACCCAAGGCUGAAGAGGUACAGGAGGACCAGGAUAGCAGCUAUGAGGAAGAACAACCAGAUGGGUACCUCCAUCCCAGCCUGAUGAUCCAGCGUGCCUCUCCCACCCCUGACCUCAAACCUAUUAAGAUGCCAGUAGUCAGCAUCCAUGACACUCCGUAUGGACAGCUCAUCAAGUCACUCAAACGUUCCAACAAACAGCAUGAGAAGGCCAACAGUGACAAUGCACCUGACCGACAGACUUGUGAAGAAGCGCCGUCCAUACAGCCACCUCCGCUGCCUCCCUUUAUGUCUGCAUCAGAGUACAGCCCCUCCAAUUCGAGUUUGCCCCUUCCUCCAGGGCUUGAGCCUGUCACUCUCCCGUCCGCGCAGCAGCCCCAGCCCCCUCCCCCAGGGACGGAUGUGGGCGGUAACUUCUACCUCAGCCGGGACAGUCCGGCCAGUGAAGACAGUUCUUCAAGGGAAUCCUUUAGUAUACCUGGUGCUCCACAAAUCGUUCCACCCCCACCUGACCUUCAGCCUGUCAUAGACAGAAUGGCAAUGUACGUUGCCAAAAAUGGGGUCGAGUUUGAAAUUGUUGUAAAAAGUAAAAACGAUCCCAGAUUUGCAUUUUUGGAGUCCUACCAUGUCCAUUACCCAUACUACAACUUCAAGAAAAAUAUUCAUAUCACAGAGACAGCCAAGGAGAAGAGACGCUUAGAAAAGGAACGACCUAAAGGGGUGAGCUUCAGCAUCAAAGGCAAGCCUCGCGAACAAGAGAGUACUUCACUGGAAAAACGUCAGGUGUUUGACAAUGAUAGCAGUGAUGAAGAAAGUGAUCGAGAUAAGCCUUAUAAAUCUGACCUAUCUGGGACAUCCACUCCUGUUGAUGCAGAUUUCAUGGUGUCAGAAAACACAAGGCCAGAAAGUUCAAGGUCAGAAUAUUCAAAAGCAGAAUAUUCAAGGUCAGAUCACUCACGGACCGAUUACUCAAGGGUGGAGAACAAGGUCGAUCGAGCAGAGUUGAUUGAGAAGUUAGAACGAAAACAAGCUGAAGAACGUUUAAAAGACAAAAUGGCAGCUGCAGCACGUGAAAAACUAGUCCAGGCUAACAAAGAGAAACAGAUGCAAGCUGAAAGGAAACGAAAGGCAGCCAUGUUUAUUAACAUGCUCAAAUCUACCAACGUAGUAGCUUCCACUGCAUCAGCUGCAGAUGACCAACAUGACAUGGACGAAUCAGGAGGAACAGGAUCAUCAGAUACACCUAUAGGCAGCCGUUCUCAUACACCCAGUAUUCAGGAGGAAGACCGUCUCAGCGACUACUCGGACCGUUCUUCAAGGUCCUCAAAGAAGUCAAGAGAAAGAGGCUCAUCUCCGCCCUCAAGGUCACGCAAGUCGCUAAGCCCACCAACAAGAUCAAGGUCUCCAAGAAGGAAACGAUCCCCUAUACCAUCAAGUUCUCAUGGUAGAAGUAGAAGGUCAUCAUCAAAGUCACCGCCCAGAAGAAUUAUACCACGGCCUCCAAGUCCUCGUAGGAGAGAUAGGUCAAGGUCGCCGAGACACAGGUCAAGUCCUUCCAUAUCUCCCAGCAGGUUAAAAUCACUGAAGAGGUCACGAUCACCAUCACCAUAUAGAAGUUCAUCAAAAUCAAGUAGGAGGUCACCAACACACAGUGUCAGAAAGUCCAAAAAGAAGAAGAAAUCACGCUCAAGGUCUCCUCAUCACAAGUCAUCCAGCAGUAAGAGUGUUGGAGACCUAAUUGGUCCUGUCGUCCAGAGCUGUGAUCUCACCAUCAAACAGGAACCACAGUUGUCACACUCCGCUGCAGAUGUCACAGAAAACAUAGACAAAUCUAAAGCAUACACAUUUACAGAAUUUUCUAACUUGCCACCCCUGCCAGACUGUCUGCCCCCAGAGCCCCCAUCAGACUCAAGGGCGCCCCUCCCUCCUCUACCUCCAUUACCCCCAGACUCGGACAGUAAUAGCUGCAGUCUGCCAGGAGACUCCAAAUCUGAGGAGAAAACUGUUUCAAAGUACAUGUUGAACCGUGUCCGAGCAAUCAUAAAGGCAUCACGACAAGCAAUUCUACAGGAGGAAGGAAUGGAUGAUCCUUAAUACACUCCCAAAACACAUCAACAGUUACAGGAACUGGCGAACUCAAAAUACGACAGUGUUGAAACAGGUGUCAACGAUCCAUAAAUACACUGGUUGUAAUGAUGCAGGAGUCGACGAUCCCUUGAUACACUGGUAGUGUUGAUACAGAAUUUGACCAAAGAGCACAAUAUCAUUGAUUCUCCACAGUCCUUUUAGAGGAAUAAUUGAGUUUUCAAAGACUGUUAGAAAAUAAUCUCUCUAGUCCUAUAUUGUGAGUUGGGAAAUAUUCAUUUUGCUAGCUUUGUAUUCAUUUGGGUAUUUCAUUAUUUCUUCACUACAAUUUAUACAAGAGUGUUUUAACUAAACUGAUAUAUCCAUUCUCUAGCUAGUUUUGAAAAAAAAGCUCUUAAAAAAUGUUGAACAAAAUUUUCAUGGUCUGUAGUUCAACUGUUCAGUGGUGAUCAUGUUAACAUACACACAAAUAGUGUCACAGAUAUUACAGGCUUUAUAGAUGGAAAGUAAUUCCAUGUUAGCCUAGAAAGACCCUGUCCAGCUCUAUAAAGUGACUACCUGCCUAUAAAUAGUACGGUUCCAGCAUAAGUUAUUAAUAACAAUCUUGAUGUUUGUUUAGAAGAGAUUGCAUCUCCCUUUCUAGCUUUAAGUUGAUUUAAUUUAGUUUAAUGUUUUCCAAUAAGAGAUGGAGGCUUCAAUAUUAUGUGUAAAUAAUUAAUGUUGGUCAUUUUUUACAAGUGCUACAUGACUUUCAACUAAUUUUUCUCUAUAUUACACAAAUCUGCUUGAAAGCAAACUGAUAUGGAAAAGUGUAAUUAGUCGGUACAAAUUCAGGUAAUUUUAUAGUUGAAUAUAUCGUUUUUGUAACAAAAUAUGUUUAGGUUAAAUAUUAUUUUUCUGUCCUGACUCCAUGUUUUGCUGCUAUUUGCAGUACUAUUGUAUGACGUCUGACUAUUAUACCACCUCUGGGUUCUCUCAUGUAUAAGUCAAGUAAAACUCUUAUUUCUACUUCUUCACAAAAGAUAUCUCUGUCUCAGAGAUUAGAAUAUGUCAUUUUGCACACUAAUAUGUGUUCAAGUUUUAAUGUCAUUUUGUGCGACCUGCCUGAGAGGGAUAUUCUGCUCGAGUUGCAAAAUUUCUGGUUGUUCUGAACAAGAACUCUUUUAAAUGACAUUUAAAAUCAUUGACAGCAGUAAAAUAUCUUUUCUGCGGUCUGACGAAUGAACAAAAUUGGUGGGAAUACCCCCGGUCAGUAUGAAAUAAGACCACCUAAACAUUUGGGAAUCUGGAACUGAAGGCUCACUGGAUGAUAGAUUUUAUGUAAGGUAUUGGAUAAACACACAAGAAUGUGAGCUAUUCACUUUAAUAUAAUUUCUGCUGGGAUCGCAAUUUCAUCGCUUUAUUAGGCAUUAAUAUUUGUUUAUUUAUUUGUUUGUUUAUAGGGUAAAAGUUUCUACUUUAAAAAUUGAUCUAAUUUUCAUAAAAAGCAUUUGAUAAAACCUAGCCUGUGUGGAAUAUCCCUUCAGAUGUAGUAAUAAGUCCAGGUGAUCAGAUGUCCAAAUGUCAUGAUAAGUCAGUCAGUUUCACUGCCUCGUAUUUGUUCUCAAAACUGAUUUUGUAUCAGGCUUAUCAACUCAGCUGGCGUCUGGUAAAUUAUGUUUAUACUUUAAUGUUUGUUGUCUUCUCUUCAGCAUAUAUUUUUACAUAUGUUUUGUGUGACAGCUAGAUUCUGUAUUGUAUAUGUUGUGUAUAUUGGAAGCUUCCCAAGGUUGAUAAUUAUUUACCAAUGAGUGAAGUCAAACAAGAGGUACAUAUUACAUUAAUGUACCAGUUUCUUGUAAUACCAGGGCAAAUUAGUAUUGAUCUGUAACAUAUUGAUGUUACAGUAUAAUGGCAUGCUUCUGUAAAAGACGGUACUGGUAUCAUUGUUAAUAUAUCCUGUUUUUUUAAUCACCCUUUGUCUGAUGUAGUGCAUCUCCAUAUUGCAUCAGUUUCAGAUUAAAAUGUGGAGUGCAAAUCUGAACAUUCAAAAAUCCCAAGAAAUUCUGCAAUGUUGUGGAUUUUAUAAUGACAACCCUUUAAUUUCAAUCCGAAAUGACUUUCUUAUUUCAUGUAUUAAAUAGAAAUCAAGUUUACAAGAUAUCAUUGUAAUGUUGAUAUGUAUUUGUUUAUUUAUUUAUUAUUUACAGCUUCAGUCUAUUACCAAACUUUUGAAACAUGCGGAAAUAUUUUAAAAGGACAAAUGUUGCAAACACCUUAAGCCUUGAUUUUGUUAUUCAGCAAACACCUUAUACAGUGUGCAUUCAUGUUUCCACCUUAUAAGUUGUGAAUUUCCCUAGGCUUGAAGUGGUUUUUUUUCCAGCUAUUCUAUGACAGUGACAAGUGUACAUAAUAAAUUCCUUGCUUUUCUUCUGUCCAUGAUUCACUUACUGUGCUAUUUAUUGAUGAGUGUGUUGAAUAUUACACUACAACUAUACAAAAUCAAAGUACAGGAUGCUUUUAUCAGUUACAGAAAAUAUGUUUUUUUAACUUAUUCAUAUAAGCUGAGUUGUAUUGUAAACGUAUUGACUAGUAUAUAUGAAGCCAUGACAAAUCCCUUGGUCUGUAGGAAUUGUUACAGUUGUGUCUGUUAAAAUAGAUUAUCACAGCAGUAAAAUUGCUUAAUUGACAGGGUAAAUAUUUUAAGCACACUGAUCUGACAGGGCUAAAUAUAUGUAAGAUCCUGUACUUGUAUGGGUUUCUCUUGUAUACAUUCCAACAGUAUAGUCAACCUGAGAUGUCAUAUUUUUGAAUACUAAGAACGAUCACCUAAGCAUAAUUUAUAUAUGAUUAUGUACUGUACAUAAUAUAUAUUAUAUACGAUACAUGUGCUUCACUUUCAUCCAAAUUAAUUCAUUGACACUUCUAUAACUUUUAUAUGUGACCUACUGAGUGUUAACUUAUUAUUUGUUCAGUAAAUUUAUUGCUAGAGUUGAUGUAUUUCAUUUAAUGGAAAGACAUCAUCCAAUGAAGCUGCUUACAUAGUCUAGUCAUUUCUGCUAGAAUGUUCAGUAUGUUUUAAGAUAUUACCAUGUUCACACAUUAUAUUGACAUUUCAUCAGUGUCAUUUCUACUUUCUGAAUCUUGUACAAGAUAUUGAAGACCUGGAUACCAUUUUAUGAAGCUUCCUAACUUACAAAUUUUUGUAAUGUUUGCCUAAAACAGAUUUAUGAAUUACUGAGCUUUUUGAAUGUCACAGAAUGGUACUGGCAAAAUACUCAUGGUCAUGCAUCUAAAUUGUAUGUAUAUUCGUAGACUGCGCCAGCAAUCAAUUAGUCUAUUUUAAGACUGAACUAGAGUGUUAGGUCUAUCUGUGUGCAGUGAGGAAAAUCUGUUAAAAUUGUGUUGUUUCUGUUUAUUUUACCGCAUGAUAAACAAUAUCCAAUUGGAAUUUUAUAGAAAAUUUUAUUUGUUUCAUUAAUACGGUUUAGAUUGAACAAAAUAAAGUUUCUUGUCUGGGUACAGGACAUGUCUCUGACGGACAUACACUUUUCACUCUAAGUGUCAUCUUUUUUAACCUCCCAAGUUAGAGAGCGGUAUAUUUUUACCAGGAGAACUUACGUUUUCGUAAGAUAUAAAAAAGUUACAAACACGUUUGUGAAACCAGCUUAAGAAUUUCCCAAAUAUUUAUGAAAAUUCCUAAGUUAUGAAGCUUUGUGAAAUGGUACCCUGAUUUCUUUGCCAUCUCCCUAUGUUGAUGUACAACUGUCCCUUUGGUUGUUAUGUGUUCCUCAAUUUACAAUGUACCAAGAUAAGUAUACUUUUACAUUGACUUUACAGGAAGUUAAUCAAAAUCAGUAAUCUGAAAUAUUUUCCUAUAUUUUGUUCUUACUGCAAUACAUGAACGAGAAAUGGCAUGUGUCAGACUAGCUCAGCUGUACUAAAGGCGAGCAAGAUAUUGCUGUGGUGCUGGGUUGUUCGUCUGACCGUAUUCAUCCAGCUGCAACUUUUUUCCUUCCAGUGACUUCUCUAGAAGAUUUAGUGUAGGGUCACUACUUCUAUCAAAGCAAAGGCCUAGAUUCAUGAUAUUUGACAGGUAGCUUCAGGGAUGGACCCAACAAAGUUUCCCUAGAGAAAUGCCUUAAAACCACGUUCAAGGUCACAGAGGUCAAAGUUCAAACAUAUAAAAGACUCCUAAUGGUUAACUGAAAGGCUUAGAAUCAAGUUUUUUUAAUCAAAUGAAAUAAUGAGAGUUGUUAAACAAGUGAAUACUAGGUGAGUAUUGCAGGCCCAUUGGGCCUCUUAUUAUCCGUUACUUUAUUAUUAUUUUUUUUACUUUGGCAUGGCACAAGUAUUGAUGAUAUUGUUAGUAGUACUCGUGUUGAUUUGAGGUAUAAUCACACUCAAUACCACUGGACAAAUGUAUAACUUCUGCAGUCAGUUUACAUAAACUGAUGUAUAAAAUUGUACAUGUAGGUUCUGGGUGUAAAUAAUUACCUGUAUAUGAUGAUUGUGUAUGUAUAUAAACAAAUUUGUUAAGUUUUAUUUUACGAUGAGGGUAUGAUUAAAGACAUUUAUUUUGCAUGUCUGUACACAUACAUGUACAUGUUGAGGAAGUCUGACCUUAAUCUCAAAUGUUACUUGUAUGAAUGCUUUGGUAAUAACGAGCCACAACAAGCCAUGACUACAUGUUUACUGUCAUAUUUAAACUUUCAAAAGUACAUAACAAUUGAAUUGCUGCCUGUUGUUUACAUUUACAUUGGUAAGACUCCAAAAAAUGCCAUGUUACUAUCAUUAAGAAGAUAUAAUCCAUGUCCACAAAAUAAUGUCAGAUCUCUUGAACCUAUUGCAGGAAAUACUUUCUAAAAACAAAAUUGAAAAUGUUUUCAAAAUAAUUGUUUUUUUUUGUUUUUAUUUGUGGAAGCCUACUGGUUUAAAGGGGUUAUUGUUUGAAAUGGCAUUACAUUUUUUCAUACUUUCAAACUUAUUACUGCAACAUCAAACACCACAGGUGUGGUGAUUAGGCACAAGUUUUACCCUUUUACAAUGUUAAUGCAUCAAUUAUUUUUUGAAAGUGAACAUUUUAUUUUAUGUAUGGAUAUACUAGGUUUGUGACAGAGAUGAAUGUAGAAGAAUAUUUGAAAUGGAAGUUACAUGUGUGAGAGUUUGGGUCGGUAGUGUAAAGUUUCCCCAUGUAGGUCUGCCCUCAUUUCUGGCAUUAUGUUAUAAUGGUGCUUCGUAAAUGUUGACCUUUGUAAGGCUAUGUAAUAAAGAAGAAAAGAACACACA